AUGACGAACCCUCAAGAAGAGGCUGUGAACGAAAAGAAUCUAGGAAAUGCAGCAUAUAAGUUGAAGAAUUUCGAGGAGGCUCACAAGCACUAUGAUAAAGCCAUCGAACUCGAUCCAUCUAACAUUACUUUUUAUACUAAUAAAGCAGCCGCCUACUUCGAAGAGCACAAAUAUGACGAUUGUAUAGAAGUAUGCAAAAAAGCUGUUGAAAUUGGACGUGAGCAAAGAGCCGAUUUCAAAUUAAUUGCAAAAGCAAUGGCUCGUGCUGGAAAUGCGUACUCCAAGAAAGAGGAUCUGAAAGAGGCUCUCAAUUGGUACGAGAAGUCCGUAUCUGAGUUCAGAGAUCCAGAGGUUGUCAAGAGAGCAAAAGAGCUCGAGAAGCUGAUCAAAGAAACUGAACGGUUGGCAUACAUCAAUCCUGAAUUGGCUCAGGAGGAGAAGAACUUAGGCAAUGAAUUGUUCAAGAAAGGAGACUACCCUGGCGCUAUGAAGCAUUACAAUGAAGCUGUGAAACGAGAUCCGGAGAAUGCUAUUCUUUAUUCGAAUCGUGCUGCUUGCUACACGAAGCUAAUGGACUUCCCACGGGCGCUCGACGAUUGUGAACAAUGCAUCAAACGUGAUCCGAAAUUCAGUAAGUUUGACAAAAAAAGCGUUUAG